AGCUAACUGAUAUAGUAUUUAGUUGAGGCCGCCUUGCUUACAAUCUAGCAUAGUCUUGCAGGAUGACAAAUAAGAAGCCAAAGACCGGCAGAACUCGCCGGAACAAAAACAAGUCAAAAAACGAUGCAGGCGACGGCUUAGAUUCUAUUCCGGCACCAACACCGAAGCCGAAAGCGAAACAAAAAACGAAAUCAAAUAGUGACAAAACUAACAAGGCUGAACAGCAGAAGCUGACAUUUGGAGAAUUAGUAUUGCUACAACAGACUGUUCUGGAUUUCAUAAAAGGGGACGAGCAGUGCCAGGAAAUUAUCGGAUUGAGCAAUCUGGAGCGUAAAGAAGUACAUCUUUUUGCUAGGCAGCAUGGCCUAAAGACGCGCAGUCGUAGCAACGCUGGUGACCGGGUGCUGACGCUGAGCCGCACCAAUAUCAAUCGACUAAACAUGUGCCUCGACGAAGUGAAGCUAGCGGUGUCUUUGCAGUUUGGCUGUGUGCUUGACGCAGCGCUAAGAGAGUUGAACCGCCGCAGGACACUACCCAUGCAGCCGCAACGACGUGGCGAACCGAUCCCCCAAAGUGGUGGUCUGCUGGCUAUGCCACGCGUACCGUCACAUCCACGCAGCAUUAACCCAACGCUGGCCGCUGAACGCCAGGAGCUGCCUAUAUUUGAUAAGCGCCAGAAAAUAUUCGAACUGCUCGAGAUGUCGCAGGUGCUCAUUGUUAAUGGCGCUACAGGAUCUGGCAAGUCCACGCAAUUGCCACAGUAUCUGCUGGAGGAGGCGGCAGACACAAAUAGCCCCGUACGCAUUGUGGUUAGCCAACCACGUCGCAUUGCCGCCAUUAGUGUCUCUGGGCGAAUUGCCGAAGAGCGCGGCGAGUCGCUCGGCGAUACCGUGGGCUAUAUAAUACGUAUGGAGAGCAAAUUCAGCAAUAACACGGUGCUGGCGCUGACCACAAGUGGCUGCCUGCUGCGCACAUUAGCUAUGAAGGGUUCCGAGUUCUUUGAGAAUACAACGCAUCUUGUUAUCGACGAGGUGCACGAUCGAGAUUUGGACACAGACUUUCUGCUGCUGGCCAUCAAACUAGAACUUGAGCGGAACAGGAACCUCAAAGUAAUACUCAUGUCAGCGACUAUGGAUCUUAUAGCGCUGUCAAAAUACUUUGGCGAUGCGCCCGUCUUGAAUGUGGAGGGUCGCAGCUUCAAUGUGCGCGUCUAUUCAUUGGAGCACAUACUCUAUAUGACCGGCUAUUUAACGCCGCAGAUGGCACGUCUGCUGGGCAAUCAUAAAAACCUUGAAGGAGAGCAGUUGGUGAGAGCCUAUGCGCUGGCCCAUAACAUAAACGAGCAAGAGAUUGACAAUUCGUUGAUUGUGUCGCUGCUGCAAGUGCUGCUGCUUAUGGGCAUGAAGGGCGCUGUUAUUGUCUACUUGCCUGGCUAUCAAGACAUGACCAAAUUGAUGGAUCAGUUGCAAUCGGCUCUGCCGAUGGAUAUGGUCAAAGUUAUGCUACUGCACAGCCAGGUCGACAGCCAGAGGCAGAAGGAUGUCUUUCGCGAAUACACGCAUGUGCAGCUCAAGGUGGUGCUCAGCACAAACAUUGGCCAAACUUCGAUCACUAUACCCGAUCUGUUGUAUGUGAUCGAUACGGGUCGCGUCAAGAUGAAGACCUACGAUGCUUCGACGGGCGCCUCUCAUCUGGCCUGCACCUGGAUCUCCCAGGCAGAUGCCCAGCAGCGCACCGGGCGCGCCGGCAGACGUAAGGAUGGUAUAUGCUAUCGCUUGUAUAGCAGCAGUCAGUUUGACUCCUUCAAUUGCUUCACUGUGCCGGAGAUAUUGCGUCAUACACUCGACGAGGUCUGCCUUUUGGCCAAGAUUGCCGCGCCGAACAAGCCCAUCGAGCAGUUCCUGUCACAGGCCCUCGAUCGACCGCAGUCAGUCGCUAUUGCUCAGUCGUGCGCCAAGCUGAAGCUGCUGGGCGUGCUGCGCGACGAGGACGAGAGCGUCACCCAGCUGGGCCACAUCAUUGCCGAACUGCCGCUGGACGUGCAGUUAGCCAAGUGUUUGGUCUAUGGCAUCUACUAUCAAUGCGUGGGUAGCCUGAGCAUCAUCACCGCAUACUACUCGGUGCGUGAUCCCUUUGUGCUGCCUAGCGAUAGAUCCGCACGGAGUGAGCAGCGCAAAUCGCGGGACUUCUUUAGCCUCGACGUAUCUAGCGAUUCGAUUGGCAUACUUCAACUAUAUCAUGGCUAUAUGUCCGCCGACACCAGGGGCAGUCGUGAAAUGGACAGAUUCUGCGAAAAGAACUGUCUGUGCCGCAAGUCCAUGGAUCUCUUCGUCUCUGCAGUGCAGACACUGCGGCUUACCCUAAUGCGCAUGAUCAAAUUUGUCGACAUGCGAAUGACCACGAGAUAUGACAACAACUUGAACAUGGUGCGCCUGGCGCUGACAGCUGGCCUCUAUCCACGUAUUGUUUACGUCGACCAUCAGAGGCAUUCGCGUCUCAUCGACGAGAGUGAUCCGCGCGUGCAGCUCUCCAGAAACUCCAGUUUACCUCUGUGCUUUGCCAAAAGACAAAGAAGCAACAUGAGCGAAUGGCUAAUAUACGUCGAAAAGACGCGCACAGCUGGCCUCGUUUCGCACAUUGAGCAUGCCACGCUGGUCAGCACGCUGAUGGUGGCGCUGCAAUGUGGCAAGGUGGUCAAACUGGAGCCAUACGUUCCGGAUCUACUGUUCAACGAGCAAGAGAGCUACAAUCAAGUGGAACACUGUAUUCUGCGCCUGGACACCUGGCUGCGCAUUCGGGUGUCAACUGAGCUGGGCGCCAAGCUGAUCAGGCUGCGCUCUCACAUUGCCCAGGAGUUCGAUGAAAUGGUCUCCACACGCACUAUGGUGCCGUAUCGCUGUCCAUCGGUUGAUUUUGUCCAAAAACUGCUGGAACUCGACACGGACCAGUCGGGUCUGUCAGCCACAGAUAUUAUAUUUUACUAGAAAUCAUUUUUUUAACCAUGGCUAAGUCCUUGGAGUUAAUUUAUUUUUUAUUUGAAUAAUUCGUUUGAUUUCUUUUUUAAUAAGUGUAGUGAACGCCUACAAAGUUUUACAGGGGGAUGACUUAACAUAGAUGCAUUUUCAAUUGAAUCUAUUAAGUGUACAAAUUGAAAUUAUACUGUGAAAUACAAAUGCGAUGCCUACCUAUUAUCAGAUCAAUUAAAAUCAAUCCUAUGUACCAGAGACCAGAAUCCAGCUACAGCCACGUUGCAGCAAAUGAAGUUAAUUUUGAAAUGUGUAUAUAUACAGAUGCGCAUGUUGACUAAAAUGCAUUCCGAAUGUAUUUCAAUUUUAAGACAUAGUAUUAAAAUAAUAUAUAUAUGCACUAACAUAACACACU